AUGGACGGGGCCUGCCUGCGGGGCGGCGCGGGCGGCGACUGGCGGGAGGGGGGAACGUCCACCUCGGCCAGGGAGCCGCUGACCAUCAAGUACUCCACCAGUCAGAAAUCCCUGAAAGAGGAGGACGUGAUCUUCGCCCGCGAGGGCGUCACCUUCGCCAAGGGCGGCCCAUCGUGGUCCAUGUACUGUGUCUGCGACGGCCACACCGGCGUGACGGCGGCGCACUACGUGCGGGACGCCCUGUGCCCCGUGCUGGGCGCCCUCCUGCCGGACACCCCCCUGCCGCCAUACGGCAGCAAAGAAUUCGAGUCGUUUACUUACGACGUGGGGACGGCAUUGGUUGAGGCGUUCGUGAGGAUAGGCCAAAAUUUUACAGAGGACAACCCGAAUGACGUUUCUGGCUGCACCGUCACCGUGGCCCUCCUGUGCGGCCGCCUGCUGACCGUGGCCAACGUGGGCGACUCCGACGCCGUCGUGGACACUGGCACGGACGCCUUCCUGGCCACCGCAUGCCACCGCAUCGAGGACAACGCCGGGGAGCGCGAGAGGCUCACGUCGCAGGGAGUGCGCUUGGGGAGGCUGUCGCCGUCGCUGACGCACGUAGCGGCGCCCGGCGAGAAGGGCGUGGGGCCGCUGAGGUGCUGGCCGGGGGGGCUGGCGGUGUCGAGGUCGAUCGGCGACGCGGAGGCGGGGGUGCACGUGCUGACGUGCCCCAACGUGUGCCAGGUCGUCCUGCCGAGGAGCGGCGCCAGGGUGCUCAUGGGCUCCGACGGCCUCUGGGACCUGAUCGCCUGGGACGACGCCGUGCGCCUCAUCCGCCGCACCCCCGCCUCCAAGGCCGCCUCCCGCGUCCUCACUCAGGCCCUCUUCCAGCACAACUGGUGCUUCACCGACGACACGUCCGCCCUCGUGCUGGACGUCCUGCCCGCCCACAGGGGCGACUUCCCAUCCCUCGUGAAGGAGAAGCUGAAGAGGCAGCGCAAGAGGCAGGGCGCGGAUGAGGGGUGCGGGGGGUUCAGCGCCUGCUUCUGCGGCGUCCCCAAGGCGCGGGCGCUGGACGUCGGCGCCUGCGAGGAGGAUCAGCACGAGGUGCUGGCGGCGAUAGACGGCUGGGAGCUGCUCAGGGACGCCCAGGAGCUGUCCCCCAACGACAGCUGCUCCAGUCUGACCGAGAUGACGCGCCAGGCUCAGCGGGAGUUGCCGGCGGCGGACGUCAAGCUGAGGACGGGACUCGGGGGGGGAGGGGGGAGGGAGCACACGCCCAGCCUGAACGGGGCGUGGCGCAAGCUCACGGGGGGAGCCUACGCGAACGAAGUCGUGGAGUCGGAGCACAAGGAGGCGGAGAGGAGGCGACCCGAGGCGGUGCUGGACCCCGUGGACAAGCUGCAGCAGUCGUCGGAGUGGCUGAUGUCCUUCGCGUCGAGCCACACGAGGUCGGACGCCGUGGAUGCCGUGGAGGUGGACACGUCGAGCAAGGGCGACGAGGCGUCGCUGAGGCAUUGGAUGAGGAUGCAGCGGUCGGGGGAGAGGCCGCCCAGGCCGCACGGCGCCUCCCGCCGCGGGUAG